AUGAAGUUAUUUUGUAAAGCAAUGAUGAUUUCAUUGUCAAUUUUGUUGUCGCUUCCAAGCACAGUAUCCUCAACCUAUCAAAAUCAUAUCAAAACAGCUACUUUCAUGUCUGAGAGUUUUGAAGUAAGACCAGGAUCGGUUGCAGCAAAAACAUUUAUGAAUAUUGAGUUUCCAAGAGGGCAUAUUGGAGUCAAGAGUUUUGAUGCUGAACUAGUUGAUGAAGAUGGAAAUUCCGUACCUUUGUAUGAAACUUAUUUUCAUCAUUGGUUUGCUAUAAGAUACUUUGAAAAUAUUACUUUUUCACGUCACCCUGAGCUUAGUCAAGAUUUUCGUGAGGCUUUUAUUUAUAAAAGAAAUGAUGGCCCAUGUAAUGAAUAUAUUCUUCCACAUUAUUGGGGCUUUGGAAGUGAAUCUCGUGGAACAAUCUCAAAUAUUCCUGAUCCUUUUGCAAUAGAACUAGGUAACCCUGCAAAAAUUCCAAAAGGAUAUGAAGAGAAAUGGUUGUUCAACAUUAUGGCCAUUGAUACGCGUGGGGUACAAGAUAAGAAAGGUUGCAGUGAAUGCAGAUGUGACCUUUUUAAUCUUCCAAAAAACUUUUAUAAUGUCUCAAGGGACAUUCACGGCCAACCAUUGAGCACACAUUAUAAGGGUGGACUUUUUUGUUGUCUAGACAACCUACAAUGCAAAUUGAGAGAGGGUUUUCAAGGCCCAAAGAGAAGACUUUCCAUAAGAUACAAAAUAAGGUGGGUUGAUUGGGACAAAUAUCAAGUACCAGUUAAGGUCUACAUACUUGAUUCAACUGAUAGAGUGAGAUCAAACGAUUCCAAAACAAUCCAUGAUUGUCAGGCAGAAUACACCAUUUUGGCAAAUCAUAGCAGUGAUUCUCCUCAUGUCCAAAAAGCAAACAUCCCAUUAGAAAAAGGUGGUUAUCUCAUAUAUGGUACUGCUCAUAUGCACACAGGUGUUGUCAAUGCAACUCUCUAUGGACAGGAUGGAAGAGUUUUAUGCACGUCAACACCUAAAUAUGGAACGGGAAAAAAGGCAGGAAAUGAAGAAGGUUAUGUUGUUGGGAUGUCUGUUUGUUAUCCGCAACCUGGUUCAAUCAGAAUCAACGAUGGUGAAACCUUGACUCUAGAGUCUAGAUAUAAAAAUGAGUUCCGCACAGGGGCUAUGGGACAUUUUUACAUCUACUUGGCAGAGCAAUUACCGCAUGAGAAUGCAGAAUACACCAUUUUGGCAAAUCAUAGCAGUGAUUCUCCUCAUGUCCAAAAAGCAAACAUCCCAUUAGAAAAAGGUGGUUAUCUCAUAUAUGGUACUGCUCAUAUGCACACAGGUGUUGUCAAUGCAACUCUAUGGACAGGUGGUGUAUAA